ACCAUGUUAACUUUGGGCAACGGCAACCUCAGUAGAGUGCAAUGAAGGCCCCUAGCGAUCUUUACUGUUGAGGGCGGAAGAGUUGGUAGCGUUGCGCAGGAUACACCCAAAGAUUCUUCCGGACGCACGUGGACCAGAUGCCAGGAUGCUACGCCGAGAGGCCCGUCUUCGUAGGGAGUACUUGUACCGCAAAGCCCGGGAGGAAGCUCAGCGAACGGCUCAGGAAAAGAAAGAGAAGGUUAAGCGCGCCCUUGAAGAGAACCGCCUGAUUCCCACCGAGUUACGACGGGAGGCUCUGGCCUUGCAGGGGUCCCUGGAAUUCGAUGAUGCCGGCAGCGAAGGUGUCACCAGCCAUGUGGAUGACGAAUAUCGAUGGGCUGGGGUUGAGGAUCCCAAAGUCAUGAUCACUACCUCCCGUGACCCCAGUUCCCGCCUCAAGAUGUUUGCAAAGGAGCUGAAGCUGGUGUUCCCAGGUGCUCAGCGAAUGAACCGUGGCCGGCAUGAGGUGGGGGCACUGGUACGAGCCUGCAAGGCCAAUGGGGUCACCGAUCUGCUCAUUGUCCACGAGCACAGAGGCACACCUGUGGGACUCAUCGUCAGCCACCUGCCGUUUGGCCCCACGGCUUACUUCACACUGUGCAAUGUUGUCAUGCGUCAUGACAUCCCCGACCUGGGCACCAUGUCAGAGGCAAAACCUCACCUUAUCAUGCAUGGCUUCACCUCCCGCCUGGGCAAGCGGGUGUCUGACAUACUUCGUUACCUGUUCCCAGUGCCCAAAGACGACAGCCGCCGGGUCAUCACCUUUGCAAACCAGGAUGACUACAUCUCUUUUCGGCACCACGUGUAUAAGAAGACCAGCCACCACAACGUGGAGCUGACUGAGGUUGGGCCUCGCUUUGAACUGAAAUUGUACAUGAUCCGCCUGGGCACUUUGGAGCAAGAGGCCACGGCAGACGUGGAGUGGCGCUGGCACCCAUACACCAACACCGCACGCAAGCGGGUCUUUCUCAGUUCUGAGUGAGCCUGAAUGGCUACUCUGGACCUGGACCUGGACCCGGCUGGGUUGGGGGUAGGGGGGUUGGCAGAAUAAAGUAUGUAUGUCACACUG